AUGACUUCACGUUACGGAGAACUGUUGACGCCUUCCAAGGCAAGCAAGUCUGCCAAGUCGCGAGCACGCCGAGAGCCGUCCGGCGUAUUCGCCAUGUUUCAGCCGGCCCAAGUGCAGCAGUUUAAGGAGGCUUUCUCGCUCAUCGACCAGAACCGAGACGGCGUGAUCACCGAACAGGAUCUCCGGGAUACAUUCAACAGUCUUGGUAUCACGCCGUCGAAAGCUAUGAUGGACGAACUGCUCUCUGCGCGGCCAGGCGAACAAGCCCACGAGCGCUCGGCAUCCCUCGACGACAAGGACGGCGUUAACUUUGCAAUGUUCCUGACGAUGAUGGGCGAGCGCUUGUUCGAGUUCGAUGCGGAAGCCGAACUACUGGAGGCUUUCCUUUCGUUCGAUGAGGACGACUCGGGUACGGUCCGCGUGGAGGAGAUGCGCAAGUGGUUGAGCGAGACGGGAGAUAGGAUGGAUCAGCGCGAGAUUGACAGGUUGCUAGAGGGCUCAUUCACAGAUAGGCAAGGAAACUUCAACUACAAGGAGUGGGUGAAGGUGCUGCGAGUGAAAGAGGACGACGAUGAAGAGUCACAGCAAAUCUACAUCAACGUGUCCGACAUUCUCAUGUACUUGUACUCGCCUAUCGCAAUAAACGGACCCUUUGGAUAUUACGUGCUCCUUAUUCAUUUAUGCUUCAAUCGCGCCACAAAGACCGACACUCGGCAAAUCCGGAGAGCUCUUGCGUGA